AGGGCUUUGAGGAGAAGUCAGUGUAAGCGACUUGCACACAGGGAAGACAACCUCAGCCAAAGACAACAUACCUGCAUUUGGGAUUUAAAAGCACCUGCAGGGGGGGCGAAUUUUGCCUGAGAGUUCCCAAAAGAAGCGGACUUCCUUACCUCCAUCAUGUUCCUCCUGCUCUGCCUUGUGGGGCUUCUGGCCCAAGGGGACGCUCAGGACCGCGCUGCCCUCUGGAGGGGGAACGACCGUAGCGGGCGAUGCCACUACACCUUCACCGUGGCCAGCCCCGCUGAGGCCAGCUGCCCGCAGACUGGAAGCCCAGAGGUGGAGGGCCUCAAGGCCAGACUCUCCCUGCUGGAGGCGCUGGUGUCCAGGCUCACUGGCGCCACCACCCAGGCUGGAGGCCGGAGCCAGUCCGAACUUCAGGAGACGCUGACCCGCACGGUGGGCGAGAGGAACCUGCUGCAGGGGGAGAAGGAACGCCUGGAGAGGGAGCUGGGCGGGCUUCAGCACCGCAUGGAGGAGACGUUGAGGGAGAUGGAGAGACUGCGGAACAGACCCUGCCCACCUCAGAGCCCCAUGGUGCCGCCCAGGGCUGGAGGGUCGAGCCCCGUGUCUCACCUGAUGGCGCGUCCCAACAGGCAAGGUGACAGUAGCAGUCUGAGAGACUCGGCAUGGCAGCAGGGACACGCCGGCUUCCAGGAGCUCAAGGCCGAGGUGACCGAGGUCCCCGCUCCUGAGGAGUACACAGGUUGUGGCGUGCUGGUGUCAGUGGCUGAGCCUGUCACUCACAGGAAAGCUGACAGCAUCGCGGGAAAAUACGGUGUCUGGAUGCAGGACUCUGAGGCCGUGGCCCCGUACGGGCCCAACAUGGCGUGGCGCAUCGACACCAUCGGCUCUGACGUCAGGCAGAUGUUUGGAUACGAGGACAUGGAGCAGCUCUCUAAGGGCUUCCCCACCAAGGUUCUGCUGCUGCCGGAGCCGCUGGAGAGCACGGGCGCCACACUGUACCGAGGCUCCCUGUACUACCAGAGGCGCCGCAGCCGCACACUCAUCCGCUUCGACUUGGCGUCCGAGAGUGUGGCGGCCCGCCGUGACCUCCCCCACGCCGGCUUUCACGGUCAGUUCCCCUACUCGUGGGGGGGCUACACCGACAUCGACCUGGCCGUGGAUGAGCAGGGCCUGUGGGCCGUCUACUCCACCAGCAAGGCUAAGGGCGCUAUCGUGCUGUCACAGCUGGACCCCCACAGCCUGGAGGUGAAGAAGAGCUGGGAGACCAACAUCAGGAAGAACUCGGUGGCCAACGCCUUCGUCAUCUGUGGGCGGCUGUACACGGUGGGCAGCUACACAGCGCCCAACACCACCGUCAACUACAUGUAUGACACCGAGACGAACCAGGGCAAAGCGGUGGCCAUCCCCUUCAGGAACAAGUACCGCUACAACAGCAUGAUCGACUAUAACCCGGCCCAGAAGAAGCUGUUUGCCUGGGACAACUUCCACAUAGUCUCUUACGACCUGCAGCUGGGACGCCCCAUGGCUGUCUGAGGCCCGCCAUCCACCAACCCUCUCCCAGAGAAGUGACUUUGGCUCACCUGGUCUCGCUUCAAAGACUCAGAGCUUUAUUUAGGGUGCACGGUGGCUGAAAGCCAACAGUAUCCAUGUGUAAGAGCAGCAACCAUCAGGGGGCGAUGUAGACCCUCCAACUUGCUGAAGAGGAAUUAUUUUUGUACCGCCUUUGAGUUAGAUGUUUGUUUUUGUUGUUUAUUUGUGACGAUAUAGGCAAUGUCCACAUGGCAAUGGGUAUUUCUUGGAAAGAAAACGUUUCAAUGUAUUUUUCACAAGGGCAAUGAAGUUCUUCCAAAAAUCCUCUUUUAUUCUUUACCUUGAAUAAUGUCCCAGCGUGCUCUUUUGACUCUUUGCUCGUUUUUGUAUUUAAGUGUGAUGUUCUUCACCAUCAGCCCACAUGACCUAUGGUCCCUGUUUCCCUCCAUUUGCCUUUGUGCCUUUUCCGGAAAUGACUUUCUUCUGCCUUCACAUACGUUAAAAUGGCCUCACGAUUUGGAGGUUAUGGCGCAAACUGUUGCUUUGUUGCUAUUGCCUGUAGUACAUAGGCAAUAAUUGCGUGUACUUCUGGACGUAUCAGUUCAUGUGCUCUCUCACUUGCCAAUUUGAACUGACCAUUGUGUAUGUACAAAUAUACCAUGUACCAUGUGUGAACUAGGUGACAUUAUCACAUAAUAUAUAAACCAAAAUAUAGAAAACACUCCACAGCAGGGGUUUUUUUUU